AAUGAGGGAAAUAAAGUUGUUUAGAGUAGCAGCAACAUAAAAUAAAAUUAAAUAUUUGGUUGUUACUUGUUCUGUCGCGACGCGUCCGGUGUGCAGACACUGCGUUAUUGCCAGCGACGCUGCUGGCUGCUCUGAAUUUACCGGGUACCGCUCCUCAUCAGUGCGUCCAGCCAAUGACCACACGCGCUGGAGUAACAGCAGGAACUGCGUCCAACGCGCCGCUCGCGCGUCACCAGAGCAGACCUCACCAACACGCUCAGCUCGCCACCUUCAUCGGGCCGAUAAGCGUUGACAGGCGAAGCAGGAGGGGAGAGAUAUGGAGGGACAGAAACUCUGACUUCCGAAGAAUCUACACGCAGGGGCGGAUGGACGUGAUAUUAAUCUCCUAACAGGUAUUUUUGCGCUUCGGUCUGGUUGUGAUCGCGCAGAGGUGUUUUGUGCUUACGAAUGUUUGUGAGAGGAUGUACUGUCCAGUAUGAGGUAUUCUGCGAACUCGGCACCAUCAUGCUCCCCCGUAGUAUGAAAACAUCUGGAGUCGAGCUGCCAGGAGUGGGUCCGAGAGAAGUGCCCCUCAUUGGAUAUCGACCCCUACAGCCAGAGGUCGACGGACCUCCAGAUCAGCUGUGGAAGGAGAAUGAAAACAGGGAGGCAGAUCACACACAGGGGGAUCCAUCCCCAAUGAAGACCACAUGGUACUGUCCACUCGACCUGUCCACUGUGUCUGAAAUGAAGGAAGACGGUAUCAUCUACACUGUGGUGGUGAAACAAGGGCACGAUUCCCCCACCGUCCCACGGUCCACAGCAUCCCGUUCUCAGCACGUCAAAGCAGGGACAGAGGAAAAGCUGGUCCUCCAUCUUCUUCAUUCCUUCUCCAUGGGUGACUCCUCCUUCAUCUCCAUCUUCCUCUCCACCUAUCGCACCUUCACCUCCACACAGAGAGUGCUGGACAUCCUGAUUGACAGGUUGGGAAAUCCACCUGGUGAGAGCAAAAGUAACACUCAUCAGAUGUUCAAUAAGGCGGUGUGUACGGUGUUCAGCACAUGGCUGAGUGACUAUCCUGAGGAUUUCCGCUCUCUGAGCGAUCCCUCCUGCCUGCUGCGGAUUGCCCCCCUGCUUCCAACAGACACCUCAGGGGCGGAAAUCAAAGGCAGACUGCUGAGGAUCGCUGAGGAGCUGAGUGAGAAAACACUGCUGUCUGGCUCACUCUCAGAUCCUACCAAAGGCGUGACAUCUCCUCCUGAUCCCUCGGAGUUUGAUGCCACCAGCAUCCUGGGGUUUCCAUCCAGUGUGAUCGCAGAACAGCUGACCAGGAUUGAGACAGAUCUAUUUUUGAAACUGGUGCCCUAUCACUGUCUGGGGUCUCUAUGGUCUCAGAGAGAUAAGAAGGGCCAGGAAGGAGCGUGCUGGUCGGUCAGAGCCACUAUCAAGCAGUUUAAUCGCUUAACUAACGCCGUCACAGCCUCGUGUUUGUGGAACACGGGUCUGAAGAGCCAACAGAGGGCAAGACUGCUGGAGAAAUGGAUCAGUGUUGCAGAAGCCUGCAGAACCAGGAAAAACUUCUCCUCACUGUACGCCAUUCUAUCAGCAUUGCAGAGUAACCCAAUCCACAGACUGAGAAAGACCUGGCAGGAGACAGACAGGGAAGCUGUGGGGAGAUACAAGGAACUUUCUGACAUCUUCUCAGAGAAAGACAACUACUCCCAGAGCCGUGAGCUACUCAAAGAGGAGGGGACUUCCAAAUUUGCAAACCAUGACACUAAAAUCAACAACAGGAGAUUUACAGGGUCGUGCGCUCAGGGCACUGUGCCAUACCUGGGCAUCUUCCUCAGAGAUCUCACCAUGCUGGACACUGCAGUCAAAGACAGAUUGGAGAAUGGCUUCAUUAACUUCGACAAAAGACGACGGGAGUUUGAAGUCAUUGCUCAAAUUCGCCUCCUUCAGUCCUCAUGUAAAAACAGCAUUUUCAGAACGGAUGAGACGUUUGUUCAGUGGUAUCACAGCGUACCCACUCUACGUGAAGAGGAAAGCUACAAGCUGUCCAAUCGGAUUGAAGCACCGGGCGAGCCGAGUCCUGGCCGUGGCCUGAACCCUACAGUGAUAAUCACACAGUGUCCAGACUCUCUGUCAGCUGUGGCAAAUACAACAAUGGAUGCUGAUGGCAUAUUUGACUUCCCGUCUCCCGUCAAUCACCUGCUCUCCAAGCUUUGCAAGCAUGUGAAAUCCCCAUCUGUUUCCUGUCUGGAUGUUGAAUCGUCACCACCGCCCAAUGAUGCCACGCCCUCUGUCCUGACCACACCCACUACAGCUGUCAAAUCACAUCGCCGGUCUGUCUCCUGUGGCAACAAUCCCACCAACAAAAAACCAGAGGCGGGGCCUGAUAUGAGAAUCGUCAGGAUACGGAUGGAUUUACACGACGGCAACUUAUACAGAAGCAUUCUGGUCACUAGUAAUGAUAAAACACCCACUGUAAUCAGUUCUGCAUUAGAGAAGCACAACCAGAACACUCAAGAAGCCUCCAAAUACGAGCUGAUCCAACUGCUGCCGGAGGGGAAAGAGUUAAUAAUACCUCCCACAGGAAACGCCUUCUAUGCCAUGUCUUCAGCUAGCGUGGACUUCCUGUUAAGGAGAAGAGGAGGAAACACACCAACAGGGUCUCCGUCUCUUGGCAACGAAACCAGCGCAACCUUCCCACGAAUCAGAGCCAAGGGCAGACAACUAGUCCGGACACUAUUUUAACAGAAAAACAGGAUAUUCAUGUCCAAGUACUUUCAAAAGAAAAGACACAAAAUAUUUCAUUCAGAGCUCUGUGACGUCUGUGUAGAAUGGACUCAAAAAUAGUUUUCUUAAGUCCUUAUAGUAGUAAUUCGAGUGAAAGCUUGGUUGAAAUGGCUCUAAGAUUUUAGUUACUGCUAAACAUUGCACUAUUUUUGCAUUUCAUAAAUCCAUAAUGAAUUUCAAGACAGAAUCAUGUACCUUUUGCUGAUGCCAGCAUUUUCAGUACUCCCUCCCCCCAGUCUACCUCUAAAGCCCAUUGGUUACAGUAUAUUAGUCAAGAAACCCCAUUAUUAAUGAACAUCAAACUGAGAGAGCAGCUAAAAGAUCCCAACAUGAUAAAAUAAACACUUACAGAAGGUACUUACACCUGACUAAACAUUUCAAACACUGAGCUGUUCUGUGUGGGCAAAAAGCUACUGAAAAACACCCACCUACCUGAAGAUGAGUCGCAAAAACACUGCCGCUCUUGAAUGUCCUCACCAAGUAUGCAAACGGAUAUGCUUACUGUGCGCUUUCUCUUUAAAUAUUUAAACAGAAUGAAUUAUAGUUAUGGUAAUAUUGAAGCUCUGUUCCAAAACCUAGUAAAAAGUUUGUGUAAAACUAAGGCAGCAUUCUAACUGAAACAAAUCCUCGUAAUGACCAAUUUGCAACAGUCUACAUUGGCAGUAAUGAGCAUGGGAGACUUUACAAUUGAUUUCAAUAUAGUUUGGUGUUAGCUUGUUCCUAAGUAAACAGCACAAUAAUCUAGCAAUAAUAAUAAUAAUAAUACACCGCUGUUCAAAAGUCUGGGAUCAGUAAGAUUUUUUCUAAAAAAGUAAUUAAUACUUUUAUUCAGCAAGGGCACGUUAAACUGAUUAAAAAUUGACAGUAAAAACUUUAACAUUGUAACAAAAGAUUUCCAUUUCAAAUACAUGCUGUUCAUUUGAACUUUCUAUUCAUUAAAGAAUUCUGGAAAAAAAGAAGCAUGUUUUCCACAAAAAUAUGAAUCAGAACAACGGUUUUCAACAUUAAUAAUAAAAAGAAAUGUUUCUUAAGGGAAAAAAACAGCAUAUUAGAAUGAUAUCUGAAGGAUCAUGUGACACUGAAGACUGGAGUCAUCACAGGAACAAAUUACGCUUUAAAAUACUGUAUAUUACAAUAGAAAUUUUAAAUUGUAAUAUUUUAAAAUAUUACUGUUUUUACUGUAUUUUUGAUAAUAAAUGCAGCCAUCGUGAGCAUAAGAGACAUUAAAACAUUAAAAACUCUUAUUGACCCCCAACAUUUGAACAUUAGUGUAUAUACAGUAGCACAAAAAUUCAGUAAAAUAGUCAAUUUAUAGUCUAUUUUUCAGUAUUGAACAAUUUUGUUUUGUAAUUGUUUCCACAUUCUCAGAUUGCCCUCUCCACAAAGAAUACAUCCAUUUAAUUAGACAAAAAGAAAGUAUAUUACGGGCAGUUUACACGACACCACUUUCAACUAAAAACGUAAAACCUUUUAUGCGAUUUGGCCAUUCAUUUACAUGACAACAGCGUUUUGGGGGCCUGAAAACAUGUGUUUUAAAAAACGGGUUUCAAAGUAAACAUUUUUGAAAAUUAUACCAUUAUCAUCUCCGUGUAAACUACAAAAACACGAAUUUGUGAAAACAGUGACGUCAUGCGUAUUACGUGUUAAGUCCGUGGGCCCUAUUUUAACGAUUUAAGCGCAUGGUCUAAAGCGCACACCGCAAGUGCACUUGAAUCCACUUUUGCUAGUUUAACGACGGGGAAAAAUGGUCUACACGCCCGGCGCAUGGUCUAAAAGUGUUGUCCCUAUUCUUUUAAUGAGUCAUGGGUGUGUUUUGGGCAUAAUGUGUAAUAAACCAAUCAGAGUCUCGUCUCCCAUUCCCUUUAAAAGCCAGUUGCACUCGCGCCAUGGCGGAUUCGCUAUUUGUGGAAUUUGCUAUUCAUGGUGGAAUUUGCAAGCGGAAAAACUGAGGUUAAAGUGCGCAAGCAGACCAUCAACAGGAAAAGCCGGAUUCCUCCAAAGCAUUUUUAUCUUUAUGCACACAAUAAUCUGUUACAUUGUAAUCCUUUUAUUUUUAAUAUUUGGCAUGUUUGUGUGCUGCUGCACGUCCCUGUGUUUGUAAUAAGCAGAGUGUAUGCACAUUGUGCGCUCGCAUAUAGGCGCAUAUUACUAAUGCGCUCUUUAAAUAAAACAAAUAUUGCGCCAUUGACUUUAGACCAGGUUUCAGUUAGUCAGUGGCGCUGUCAUUUUCAGUUGGAUCAAAAUAGCAACAUGCCAACAAUGCGCCUGAACACACCUCGUUUUCAGACCAGCACGCACAUGGGCGCACAAAUGGCUGCAAAUGCGUUUGCUAUUUAAACAACGUGGCGCAGGACAUGAAAAUGAUAACUGCGUCGGGCUGAAACUAGCAAAAAACACUUGCGUCGCGCUUGGUGCUACAUUGAGCCAGGUGUAUGAUAGGGCCCUACAGGCACAAAGUGUUUCUUUACAAAGUGACAUCACCAACUACUGGCCUGGCAGCAGAAUACAGCGUUUUUAGUUGUUUUCGCGGAUCUGUGUCAACGGGGAUAAUUUUGACAACGGUGUCGUCUGUCUGCAAAAAAAUGCAGAGGAAAAAUGCCAUUCCAUUUUUAGUACAUGGUUUUCGUGUAAACGUACCCUUAGAAGGUGGCAUAAUCAUGCAGCCUACACUAAAACAUGCUGGGUUGUUUCAACUCAAAUUUGGGUCAAAUAUGGACAAACCCAACUGUUGGGUUAAAAAUUUAAUUUAAAAAUUUAACCCAACGGCUGAGUUUGUCCAUAUUUGACUCAAAUUUGGGUUGAAACAACCCAGCAUUUUUUAGAGUGCACAAUUUGAAACAAGCUUUGCGUGCCUUAAAGUGCUGUCUAUGUAGGCAGCGCACUAGUUUUUGGGACAGAGCCAAUAGUGUGUUGAAUUGCAGGUCUCCAGUUCUGGCUGUUCUAUGAAACCAAAUCGAUUCCUUUAAAAAAAUGCAACAAAGCUGUGCCUAUGACAUUAUUUUUGUACUGAAAAAUGCAUAAUGCUACGAUCAUCAAGAAUAGAAAAAAAACCAACACUUUUGUUUGUACCCUGAUGAACCUUGCGCUCUCUGACUCGUAUGCUGUUGACGUCUCUGUGGGAAUGGAGGCAUGCGAGAGCUCGCAGUAAGGAAGAGGGGUCUCCAUUUAUUUUCAGCCUUUGGUUAUGUUCGGAAUAGCAUACUACCAUACUACACUUACUACUGCUGCACUCUAGUAUAGAGUUUUUAUUUUACAAGACAACAAGUGUCUGUUGAAUUAAACAUACAGUACAGUGUGAUGAUGACAGCAAUGUAGCAUAUUCCUGUUUGAGAGCUUAUCUUGGAAAAAUGGCAACCAUUUCUAAUGCUCUUUCAAAAAAAAUAGUGGGAAGUAUCCAGCGAGUAAGUUGUAAGCUAGUAUUCAUUUCCAAUCAUAGCCUUUUUUUUGUUUGUUAAGUGCCUUAUUAUCAGGUGCUCUUGUGUGAAUGUUGUUCCAGUGUGUUGCACAGUGAAAAGCAUGUUGCAGCUUCAGUCUUGUACCGUCAGAUCUGUAUUCUGACACGUUUAUGCACUACAUACCUCCUAUUCUUGUAAUAAACUUUAAUUUUGAUACAA